UCUACUUCUACUUCUACUUCUAUUUCUAUUUCUGCAUUUACUUCGACUAUUAAUAGUCUCUUAUAUUGCAACUUAUACUCUCACUUAUAUUCUAACUUAUACGCUCAUUUCGAGGUAAGUUGAAUCCACUUCGAGUCUCAUAACUCGUUUCCCAUUUGUUUCGAAAGGUGGACAGAACUUGGAGCUGGGCAAUAUGUUAUCGAGGCUGGCCUUGGAUUUGCUGUGGCUGGUGGCUGGAAUGGAGCUGAAACAGAGCAGUCUCUGAUCAAAAUUCACAGUGAACAUUUCGGCAAAAGUUUUUGGGUAAGUGUCGAUUGAUACUAAAUUUGGCAUAAGCAGCAGUAGAAGCAGCAGCAGCAGGAGCAGCAGCAGCCACAGCAUCCCAGUAAGUGGGAAUAGGAGCAGCAGUAUUAGCAGGAGCAGCAGCAGGAGCAUGCCGCUGGGCAAGAAGUUGGCGAUUGGCUCGGAGGAGGCGCGACGCCAGCGCGCCGAGCUGCGCACUAGCUACGGCAACAAGCUAUCCAACAUGAAUUUGGGUCGAUUGCGCAGUCGCGCCCACACCUCCUGCUCCGAGUCAAAUCCCUUUCAGAACGUUGUCCAUCCGACCUCGGCUGCACCGCCGCCGACCGCCUCGUUGAGACGCAUUGCAUCCAGUUUUGCCCACGUUAGCGAUGUCAACAGCGGCAGCUGUGCGGCUCUGCCGCUCGAAGAUUCCGAGGACGAUGCUCGCGAGGAGCUGGCCGAGGUCCUUAUACGCAGCGAGCCAUUCAAAAUGGCACCGGGAUUAGCGUCAAAGAGCCACCCAUUGGCAGGCGCUGUAGCCGGUACCAAUGCCGAAAUCGGAACUAGAAUUGGAACCGGCACAGGCUCAAUGUCGGCAGCAGCUGCCGGAGCUGCUGCAGCGAACUAUGCUCGUGCCACCCGUCAGCCAGUGGAGGAGCGACGCAAUCAUUAUCUGUGCGCCAACGUGAUGCGAUCACGUGCCAGCGAACGUUGGAGUCAGAUCGCUGGGACGGUGUCCACGCUGUUCCGUGUGCGUCGCAUCUCGACGGCGGAUCCCCUGUCGGAGCUGCGACGCCUGAGAGAGCAACGUGAUCUGCUGGAGGCGUUCACGCGUCCAUUCCUCUACGAGGAUGGCAUAGAGCACAAGUGAACCAAACGCCAGCUGGCCAAGGAGCCCAACAGCAAAAAAAAUAAAUUAAAGUAAAAAGAGGAAUAAAAAAAAAAUAGCCUAGGCACUCUCUAAAUGGAUAAUAGAUAGAUGUAUAUAUAGAAAAUUAAAAUAAAACUCUUGGUAUUCACAUUCA